AUGCUAUUGAAACAAGUUUACUCUUCAGCAUCUAAUGCCAGGACAAGGGGGCUUAAGGCUUUCCAAAGCGAGUUGUUCCACCUAAAAAGAUUCUUUGGUAAUGCUCACUCAGUUAGAAAAGGGCCAGACUACCCUGUUUCAAUGUUAUUCCCCAGACAACGGAAGCCCAAUUCUGACAGUUUCCUGAUCAAUUACAGAUGGUUUUCGUCAUGUAGAGCUUCGAAUUUACAAAUGAAAAUGAGCCCAGAACAAUCAGAGGAGCCUGCCUUAAAAAGGUUUGCAACAAAUUUGACUGAUCUGGCAAAGAAAGGUAAUCUGGAUCCCGUUAUUGGCAGAGACGAAGAAAUCAGACGAACGAUCCAGAUUUUAUCUCGGCGGACAAAGAAUAACCCGGUACUCAUCGGAAAUGCAGGAACAGGAAAAACGGCAAUUAUGGAAGGCCUAGCUCAGAGGAUAGUGAAAGGUGAGGUGCCAGAAAGUAUGAAAGAAAAGGAGGUUAUCGCACUUGAUCUUGGAUCUCUCAUCAGCGGUGCAAAGUAUCGAGGAGAGUUUGAAGAAAGACUUAAGGAGGUUCUGAAAGAGUUGGAUGAUCACUAUAUCCUGUUCAUUGAUGAACUACACACGCUUCUAGGUCUUGGUAAAUCUGAAGGCUCAAUUGAUGCAUCGAACUUACUAAAGCCUGCGUUGGCUAGAGGCCAGCUCCAGUGCUGUGGUGCGACUACUAUCGAUGAAUAUAAAAAAUACAUCGAAAAAGAUGUGGCACUGGCUAGAAGAUUCCAACCAAUUUUGGUUAACGAGCCUACAGUCGAGGAUGCUAUUAGUAUUCUCAGAGGACUGAAAGAAAAAUAUGAAGUGCAUCAUGGUGUUCGCAUUGCAGACAGUGCUUUGGUGACCGCUGCUGUCUAUAGUAAUCGCUAUAUUACAGACAGAUUUUUACCCGACAAAGCCAUUGAUUUGGUCGAUGAAGCCUGUUCUGCAUUGAGGUUGCAACACGAGUCCAAACCCGAUACAAUACAGGAGCUGGACAGAUCGAUAAUGACUAUUCAAAUUGAAUUAGAGUCAUUAAGAAAAGAAUCUGAUGUUCUCAGUAAGGAAAGGAGAGAAAAAUUACAGUCUCAACUCGAAGAGAAACAGGAAGAAUUAAAGAGACUUACGGAGAUCUGGGAGACUCAGAAGAAAGAGCUUGACACUGUGAAACAACUGAAAGAAAGUUUAGAGAAAGCCAAGCAGGAUCUGGACAAGGAAAGGAGAGAAGGAAAUUUUGCGUCAGCUUCAAAAUUGCAAUAUGCUACCAUCCCUGAACUUGAAUCCAAAGUCAAUGAGCUGACCCGGCAGCAAGAAGUUACUGGUAAUGAAAUUGAGGAAGAGAAUCUCUUACACGAGUCCGUGACCUCCGAUGACAUUGCAAGAGUUGUUUCAAAAGCUACAGGAAUUCCAGUUCAAAAUAUGAUGAGGGGAGAAAAGGACAAACUUCUGUACAUGGAGGCUGCAUUGAAAGGAAGGGUUAUUGGCCAAGAUGAAGCUAUAAACUCAAUAUCGAAUGCUAUUAGGCUCCAAAGAGCCGGGUUAACGGACGAGAAGCGUCCAAUUGCAUCUUUCAUGUUUUUGGGCCCAACUGGAACAGGAAAAACAGAGCUCACUAAGGCUGUGGCAGAUUUCCUUUUCGAUGACGAAAACGCCAUCAUCAGGUUUGACAUGUCAGAAUUUCAAGAAAAGCAUUCAAUCAUGAGACUCAUUGGUGCACCACCGUCAUAUGUUGGUUAUGAAGAAGGUGGUGAAUUGACCGAAAAGGUGAGGAGAAAGCCAUAUUCGGUGAUCUUAUUUGAUGAGUUUGAAAAGGCACACCCAGAUGUGUCAAAGCUGCUACUCCAGGUUUUGGAUGAAGGCAAGCUCACAGACUCUCAAGGCAACAAGAUUGACUUCAGAAACACACUCAUUGUUAUGACAUCGAACAUUGGGCAGGACAUUAUGCUCUCCGACAACCCCGACAAAGAGCAGAUUCUUCAAACGAUGAGAACUGUUUACUCUCCAGAGUUCAUUAACAGAAUUGAUGAGGUUGUUGUUUUCAACAAGCUAUCGAAGGAUGCUUUGAGAAACAUUGUCGAUUUGAGAAUUGACGAUUUACAAGAUAAAUUAGUUGACAGACGGAUCGAGCUAGUUUUAUCGGACGAGGCAAAAGACUGGCUUACGGUGAACGGAUAUGAACCAAGAUAUGGAGCUAGACCACUGAACAGAAUAAUCAAAAGGACAUUGCUGAACCCUAUUUCGAUAAUGAUGUUGAAAGGGGAGAUUAAAAACAACUGCGUGAUCAAUGUUGUGGUUAAAGAUGAUCAACUGGAAAUAACCUCUCAAGAUAAGGAUGUUACUGAUCCACACUCACAGUCAGGUACAACUACAGAAGAAUAG